AUGCCAAUUUUCAGGAUCCAAGAGGGCGAAGUAGGUGACAAAACCGCCUCAGAUGCUGUGGCUCAAGUGCCGCCCCACUGCCACAUCACGAUCAAAUGCACCAGAGAGAUCGCGGGCUUCAACGGUCUCUCCGAGGCGGUGCGCCGGCUGGACUUCUCGUCUGCGGUGCGCGACGUGCGCCGCUUCAACUACAUCUGCGCCCUCCUAGAGCUUCUGCUAGGCGGGCACCGGCUGACCCAUCUGCCCGGCGCCGCCCAGAAACUCCUCCUCUCAAUGCUUGAGCAGCUCGCCGAUCACGUGGCGACGUCGAAGCACAACUUGAACGCGCUGCGCGCGCUGGUCUCCUCCCUGGGGGGGCUGCGGGAGGCGGAGAGGCGCGCCUGCUGGGGCCGGCCGCUGGGCUCGCGCGCCCUCUGGCGGCACCACGACCGGGCGAUCGCGCGUAUCACUCGCAUCGCCCAGGAGAUACACAUACACGAGCCGGGUCCAGAAGUGGUGCCCAAACUCCACGACCUUCCCGAGGAGUGUAUCAGGGAGAUAAUGCUGAGAAUGUCUGAUCACAGGGACUUGGACGCCGCGUCCUCGGCGUGGAGCGUGAUGGCGUCUGUGUGCUCGGAGCAGCGCGUGUGGCGCGAGCUGGUCGGCUUCCACUUCAGCCGGCAGCAGCUGGACGCCGUGGUGCCGAAGGACGAGAAGGACGUCGACUGGAAGAAGCUAUUCCACCAGCUCCGGAAGCUAUACGGGCUGAGGGAGGAGGCGCAGUAUGCGGAGACGUUGUCUCUGUGCAGACACUGCAAGUGUCUGUUCUGGCGCUCUCUCGGACACCCGUGCAUAGCCGACCAGUGCCCAGAAUACCGAGAACGCUUGAAGGAAGCCGGGGGCCCCCUACCGCCUCAUCCGAUUCCGCCGGCAGCCUUCUUGAAAUUCUUCUCGCUC